UCGUUUUGUAAAUUAUAGCAUAUCUGAAAAUGGUAACCAAUUAGAGAGUAGAUUUCAUCCACGCAUUUCCUCGACCGAUCCCAAUUUCGAUUGUUCGAGCAUAAUAAAGCAUAGACGGCAGGAGAGACGAGAAACGAAACACAGAGAACAGAGAACAGAGAACAGAGAACAGAGGGACGUCUCCUUUGCCUGCCUUUGCGCAGACAUUACACACGGAAGAGGCGGAGCUCCUCAAUUAUAAUGCUCGUGCCCUCUCUCCGUGCUGCCUCAAAUUCCUGUUUUGCUUCACAAUCUUAUCCUCACGAACGCUUCCAAGGGAUGACCGAGGCUGCGUGAGAGUGUGAGGAGGAAAUAAAUAAUUCUCAAUGGAUAAAAGGGGGCGACACAACCUUUAAUGUUGAUUGUUUAUAGCGAAUAUCAUGGCGUGUCUUGCGUGUGUGGGAAGCGCAAGAAUAAAUUCGACAAAUUGUUUUGAUGGCUCACUCCCUUUAAUUGGUAGUUGUAGGGAUAGAAGCAGGGGUUUGGGCUUUUGCUCUAUCCGUAGGAGGAAUAACAAUUGUAGCUUUAUCUGUAAUAAAUGGAAGUGGAAAUGGAGUUGGACUCCCCUGUAUUAUAGCCUGGGCACUCCUACUUCUUUACUCGAACAGGAGGCCAAGUCUUUGGUGACUGAGAUUGGUAAUGAGAAUGAUAACGGUGUACAGGCGGAUGUGGAUGUGGAUAUUGAUUUGGAUGUGAAUGUGGUGUUAAAAUCUCGUCCAAAGCCUGUGCUAAGGGCUGCUCCUUCUCCUGCCCGAACCCAAAAACUGGAAAAACCAGACUUGGCGGGAGCUCGAUGGACUCAUUCUGCCCCGCAUAAGAAAGCUAAUAAUAAUGGCAAUGGUUUAGGAUCCCUACCUCGAAAGAAAUCCAAACCAUCAAAUAAUGUUUGGAAGAGAGGAAACCCCACCUCAUAUGUACCAAGAGUUCCAGCAUCAACACCAACUACAGAGAUUUCCCAAGAAAAAGAGAAUCUCGACGAAGAGAUUUCCCAAGAAAAAGAGAAUCUUGACGAAGCGAUGUCCCAAGAAAAAGAGAAUCUUCAUGAAGGGAAAACUAUGAAAGAGGAAAGAAGCUCAAUGCGAAUGCCAAUGCUGGCAAGACCUCCGCCUUUGAGAACGAGGCCAACACUUCAAGGUAAACCCAUGCCCAUGACCAUGCCAACGAGCAGUGCCAAUGUUACUGCAAAAAAGCAGGUUAUUCUUAAGGAUUCGGGAGCAGCCCCAAGGCAGAGGCAAGUUAUUCUCAAGGAUGUAGGCGCUGCUCCAAAAUCAAAGCAGGAAAUUACCAUGAGAUCUCGUCCUGUACGUGAGGAUGUGAAUGCUAGUGCUUCAGCAACAGUUGCGGGCGUAGCUGCACCUGUAAAACCUUCCAGAGUAGGCAAAAAGGAGGGCUCUGGCUCUCCUUUCAGAACCAAAGACAAAUUAAAGAGGCGGCCUGGUUCUGCUUUACGCAAGAGUAAAGUUCAGAUAUCAGACAUAGGCGAGGAAGGAAAGGAACUGAAUGUUUCUAGUGCAAGAAAAGGUAGGAAGUUUAAUAAAGCAAUCCGCAAGGCAGCACGAGUUGCAGCUGCUAAGGCAGAAGCUCCAGUGAAAGUAGAGAUUCUUGAGGUUGGCAAGCAGGGAAUGUCAGUGGUUGAAUUAGCUCAUCAUUUGGCAGUCACCGAAGGAGAGAUUCUUACAUCUUUGUUUAUGAAAGGUAUUCGCGCUUGUGUUACACAGACUUUAGAUAAGGAAACAGUGAAGCUGGUUUGCAAGGAGCAUGAUGUAGAGGUCAUAGAAUCUGAUGAUGUUAAAGCAGAUUACAUGGCCAAAAAAACAGAAAUGCUCGACGAAGAUGAUUUGGACAAAUUGCAGACUCGCCCUCCCAUUCUCACAAUAAUGGGCCAUGUUGAUCAUGGAAAGACAACUUUGUUGGACUAUAUUAGGAAGUCGAAGGUUGCUGCUUCUGAAGCUGGAGGAAUUACUCAAGGAAUUGGAGCAUAUACAGUGUUUGUGCCUGUUGAUGACAACCUUAAACCAUGUGUUUUUCUUGACACGCCUGGUCAUGAGGCAUUUAGUGCAAUGCGGGCACGGGGAGCAAAAGUGACUGAUAUUGCCAUUAUAGUCGUUGCUGCGGAUGAUGGAGUUCGUCCACAAACAAAUGAAGCUAUAGCCCAUGCAAAGGCUGCUGAUGUGCCAAUUGUAGUCGCAAUCAAUAAGAUAGAUAAGGAGGGAGCAAGUCCAGAGCGAGUAUUGCAAGAGCUUGCUUCUAUUGGAUUAAUGCCAGAGGAAUGGGGUGGUGAUGUACCUAUGGUUCCGGUUAGUGCCCUUACUGGACAAAAUGUGAACGAUCUACUAGAAACUGUCAUGCUAGUUGCAGAGUUACAAGAGUUAAAAGCCAAUCCAUAUCGAAAUUCGAAAGGCACUGUCAUUGAAGCAGGCCUUCAUAAUUCAAGAGGACCUCUUGCCACUUUUCUUGUACAGAAUGGCACUCUCAAAAAGGGUGAUAUAGUUGUAUGUGGUGAAUCAUAUGGAAAGAUCCGGGCCUUAUUUGAUGACACUGGAGCUAGUGUUGAUAAAGCUAGUCCUAGCAUGGCAGUGCAGGUUAUUGGAUUGAGCAACGUUCCAAUUGCUGGUGAUGAGUUUGAGACUGUCAACUCUCUUGACAUUGCUCGUGAAAGGGCAGAGCAAUCUGCUCUGAAGUUAAGAGAUGAACGGCUUUGUGCACAGCCUGGUGAGGCACAAGUCACUCUUUCUUCCCUUGGUAUUGCUAUCACAGAUGGCAAAGGAAUUGGUUCGAACAGGCAUCAGUUGAAUAUUAUUUUAAAAGUUGAUGUCCAGGGAUCAGUGGCCGCUAUCAGGGAUGCCCUAGAAACACUUCCACAAGACACUGUUAAUCUACGAUUUCUAAUGCAGGCAGUUGGGGAUAUAAGUAUCAGUGAUGUCAACCUGGCUUCUGCUAGUGAAGCCAUUGUUGUAGGCUUCAAUGUACGAGUCCUUGCAGCUGCCCAGGCACAAGCAGAAAACCAAAGUGUUGAAAUUCGCAUGUAUAAAGUGGUCUAUGAACUUGUUGAUGACAUGCGGAAGGCAAUGGAGGGACUUCUAAAACCAGUUGAGGAGCAAGUGCCAAUUGGUUCUGCAGAAGUAAGAGCUGUCUUCAACAAUGGAAGUGGGCAUGCUGCUGGUUGUAUGGUGACAGAAGGUAAAGUAGUCAAAGGUUGUGGUGUUAGGGUUGUUCGCAAUGGUAAAGUUGUCCAUACAGGCACACUGGAUUCAUUGAGACGGGUGAAAGAGGUUGUCAAAGAGAUAAGUGCUGGUAUGGAGUGUGGGAUUGCUGUGAGAGACUUUGAUGAUUGGGAUGUUGGAGACAUGAUUGAAGCCUUCAACUCAGUAGCUAAGCAGUGUACUCUUGAAGAGGCGUCUGCUACCAUGGCAGCUGCUGUUGCUGCCAGCGGAGUUCAACUCUAGAAAUCAGUUGCUGUUUUAGGAACAUAAGUCUGAGGAAUUGUAUUAAUUCUCUUUCUUGUAUUCUGCUUCUCCACGUUUCAUAUAUAUGGAGCCCAUUAGUUGAGAAUGUUUCUAUUGUAAGACCUGUAACACCUCAGGUUACAGUGUAUUACAUGUACAUUGGAUAGACUGUUAAAGCAGUGCUUAUUGUUUUUGACAUUCGUAGACAAUUCUUCAAAAUCAUUGAUGGAAGCUUAUUUUAAUAUACAAAUUUAA